AUGAAGUUGCGUUCCCUCGCCCUCACCCACCUCCUCCUCCUCUCCGCGUCCGCGUCCGCCUCUGCGAUCACCUGCCGGCGGCGGCCUGCGGCGCUGCUCGCCGCGAACGAUGCAAAGGAGCGGCUGGGCUCGUGGUUCUCGUCGCGCGGAGCGCUUCUCUCGCAGGUGCAGGCGGGCGGUGCUGCUGCCGACCCGCAGCGCAAGCAGGCCGGCGAGCUGAUGAAGAAGCGCGGCGUGGCCAACGCGGAGAAGGCGGCGAGUUUGCUCCGCGAGUCUCUCCGGCGGGACCCUGAGAACGCCGCGAUCAAGCUGGAGCUGGCCGACGCGCUCAACAUGGUCACUCGCAUCAAGACGAACGCGAACAGCCUCGUCAUCGAGGGCACCCAGGACUCGCCCGCCUUCAAGAAGAUCUGGCGCACGCUCGGCGGCGAGGCGCUGCCUCUCGCGCUCGACGCGCGCAAGGCCUUCCCGGGCUCGGUCAAGGCGCUGUCGGUGUACGCGGACGCCUUCAUGUUCUCCUCGUCCGCCAAGGGGAUCGUCAAGCAGGCGCUCACCGGCGUGGGCAAGAAGUACGUCGCGCUCGCCAAGGAGCUCUACGCGCACCCAGAGUGGGACGGAGCCGUCGGCUGCGCCUUCCUCGGCGGCUUCUACGCGGUGGCGCCGUGGCCGAUCGGCUCCAAGGGCAAGGCGGCCAAGUACCUCGACGAGGGCGCGCGGCGGGCGCCGACGCGGCGCAACCUCUACUACGUCGGCGUCGUCUCGUACCAGGCGGGCGACUACCGCAAGGCCGCCGACCACUUCCAGCGCGCCAUCGCGACGCCCGUCUCGAGGGAGCCGAGCUCGACCGAGGCCGACAUCGCCGACUUCCUCCUCGAGCGGGCGAGGCGCGGGCUCAAGGCGGCGCAGGAGGCGAUCGCCGCCGAGCCGUGA